AUGACUACUCUGGCGAGUAAACCUGAUUUCGAGUCUCAUAAUAAUCCUCCUACGACGACCGUCGACGCACCCCCGGAAGUCAUCAUUUCAGACAAUCGUCUUCAUGAGCUCGGAUAUCAAACUGCUUUCCGGCGCGAGAUGUCGCUCUUCGGAGUGUUGGGAAUUUCGUUUUGUGCCAUCGGAAUUUUAACAGGGAUGAGCAGUGCGUUUCAGACAGGACUAUUCAGUGGAGGGCCCCUCGGCUUGUUUUGGGGAUGGAAUAUUUGCAGUUUCUUCAUGCUUUUGAUUGCCCUAUGUCUGGCGGAGAUUUGCAGUGCAUACCCUACUACGGGAGGAUUAUACUUCUGGGUGUGCAAGCUGAAGCCAGACGCACCAGUACUUGGCUGUGAUUCUCUGCUCGGAUUCAAUGCUGUAGCUUAUCACGACCCCGGUGAACCGUGCAGUGUGGCUUUGUAUCUUGCAUCUCUCGCAGAAGUCGGCCAGAGUCGCAUCCUCACUCGAGUGGAGAUUGCUGUGAUUGCGUUUGGAGUAAACAUCGCGUCGGGCAUCAUCAACACUGUGGGAACCAAGGCAAUCGGCGGCAUGAGCACGUUCAAUGUCUGGUGGACGCUUGGUGGUACCUUUGUGCUGGUCAUUACCCUUCUGGUCAAGGCUCCCGUCAAGGUUCAAGUACAUACACGACUUCUGAAUAUAUUGCGCACUUUACUGACAGAUUGUCUUCGAAGCUUCACAGGAUGGGGGAACAAAGGUUUUGUCGUCCUCUUGGGCUUCCUUCAGGCGGUAUAUUCUCUAGAGGGUUGUGAAACUGCUGCACAAGUCGCAGAAGAAGCAAAGCGCGCUGAACUCCUCGCCCCUCUCGCCAUCGUUUUCAGUAUCGUCGGCUCGUACAUCGUCGGACUCGCCUAUAUGCUUGCCCUUCUCUUCUCCGUCCAGUCUAUCCCCUCCGUCCAAGCGACUUCAUAUGCCCUCCCCAUCACUCAACUAUACUAUGACGCUGUUGGCCCAAAGCUCACACUGAUGUGUCUGACUGUUGUUUGCUGCGCACAGUUCAUGGCCGCAGUGACUGCGUUUACGGCGAGUUCGAGGUUGAUAUUUGCAUUGGCAAGAGAUGGCGCUGUGGGAGGUCCUGCGAGGGUCAAGUUUGAGACGCUUAACCGGUGGCAGGCUCCGUAUUGGGGGAUUUGGUUGUCAGUCCUGGUUGGCUGUAUCAUCUCGUGCGCUUACAUUGGCUCAACCAUUGCCUUCAAUGCGAUACUGUCGUCUGCUGCUAUCGCAGUCAUGCUGAGCUACUUGGCACCCAUUAUCAUCCGUGUUUUCUGGCCCAACUCUUUGAAAGAGCGUGGUCCGUUCACCCUAGGCCGCUGGUCGUGGAUCAUUAAUUUCGCCAGCCUCCUUUUCACCGUAUUCAUCUGUGUUCUCUUCAUCUUACCGACCGCCCAGCCAGUCACUGCGGAUGAUAUGAACUAUAGUAUCGCGGCCAUUGGUGCUGUAUUUAUACUCGUUGGGUUGAGUUGGCUCUUUUGGGGACGAUUCCACUUCAAGGGGCCAGUCUCAGAAAUAGACCAAGGGGAAGAGGUGGUUGUCGAGGAUGAGAAGGUAGAAGUACCUGUUGAUCGGAAGAGCUAG